AUGGCUCUCAACCACGACAGCUACCGCAUCGGCUGGAUAUGCGCUCUGCCCAUCGAAAUGGCCGCAGCAAGGAUCCUUUUUGAUGAAAGGCAUCCUAGCCUACCGCAACCCCCCACCGACACGAACAGUUACGCGCUGGGGAAGAUCCAAUCACAUAACGUCGUGAUGGCUUGUCUUCCCUCCGGCGUCUACGGAACCACCUCAGCUGCCGUUGUUGCAAAACAGAUGAGCAGCACAUUUCCCGGUCUUUCCUUCGGUCUUAUGGUAGGGAUUGGAGGUGGUGUCCCUCUUAUCUCUCGAUCAUCCUCAGACGUCCGCCUUGGAGAUGUUGUGGUUGGCAUUCCUCAAAACUCCCUGGGGGGAGUCGUCGCCUACGACUACGGCAAGACAAUCGCGGAUGGAACUUUCCUAAGGACUGGUUCAAUGAAUCAUCCUCCAUGGAGUCUUCUCACCGCGGUAAGCAAUAUCCGAUCAUUAUACCUUCUCGGCCAGGGACGAAUAGGAGAUAUCCUCAAUCAAAUCAUCGUUGAAUGCCCCGAUUUUCGGUCCCCUGGUCCCGAUCACGAUCAGCUUCUUGAUGCUUCGUCCGACCCAGACUUGCCUGUGGACAAACGGCCUGUGAUGCAGCGCCCGACACGUUCAUCCGAUGCUCCGCAUGUACACUAUGGAACCAUAGCCUCCGGCAAUCGUCUCAUAAAACAUGCAAAGACUAGGGACGAACUAGCUGCCAAAUACGACAUUCUGUGUUUCGAAAUGGAGGCCGCGGGGCUAAUGGACCUGGAAAAUUUCCCUUGUCUGGUGAUUCGCGGGAUCUCUGACUACGCCGACGAGUUCAAGGCAAAGGAAUGGCAGCCAUAUGCGGCGGCAGCAGCGGCGGCGUACACGAAAGAGCUAAUCAGCAUGAUUCCCAGGGACCAACUCAGGGAAGAAGCAAGGAAUUCGGUUUCGAACACACCUUCGGCUGAAGCUUGCGCUACCUCCUCUUCCAUCCCAUACGGUCUUCUACACCAGGUGUUUCCUGUGGAAGACAAUUUCCUCGGUAGCUUAACCACCAACGCACUGUGGCCGCGACAGAAUUUCCACGCCCUGCCAGCUCCUCCCAGUCAAUCUCAGUGUAUUGUCAACGUCCAGCAACGUUCGCAUACCAUCAAAAUUUCCGUCGCCAGUCACACCUCGUUCUCCGCCAUUGUGGAUAUCAAAAGGCGCGGGGACCCUGACGUCGAUCGUACGAUUAGAGUAGACCGUUCCAGCUCCUGCAUGUUGAAGAAUUCGAAUGAUUGGUUCGAAGAGAUGUGCACAAGGAGAAAUACCAGGAAGUGGAUGGAGAAACAGCUUAUCCGUUCAAGUGAGCGGAUAUACCUGGUUGUUGGUUUCAGGAGCUUAUGGCAUUGA